AUGACUUGGUUGAACAGCUGCGAAACACCGAGGUCGGUCAGUGGAGAUGUUCCUGGGGAGACACUCAAAUUUCCACAGGUGGCCACAUCACGUCCGUCUCUAAGAUCUCCGGAGGGUUGGAAUGGCUCCGCGGAACGGAAGCAGUCCUUCUCCUUGCCCAACAUUCCGGAUGAGACACAUGUCACCUGCGUUGACAUGGAAGACGAGCCACAGGACGAGAAGGAUGAGGAGAAACAUGUCUCUUUGGCCAGCAAGAGAUUCGCUUGGCGCGACUCGCACGCCAACCAGUCCUUCUCAAGGGACCAGUCUUUUUCGAGGAAGGACUUUGAACCAUCGCGGAGUUUUGUCAAGGCACACGAGGAGCUCCCUGAUGAUCGCAUGCCUGCGGUUCCUUUAGAGAAGAGCAAGUACUUCUCAUCGGUGGUCCCAUCCCUCCCCACAGCUGGAUCAACCGCCGGCGCAACGGGCCGCUUGGCGCCCCUUAACGCGCCCCACGCCAUGGUCAGCUGGAUCUAUGACCUGGGCUGGAGCGCGCUGCUGACACUGCGUCAAGGCCCCAAGGAACAGCUGGGAGCACGAGAGAAUGGCUUCUUGUACAUGAAGGUGCUUCCUGGAUCUGAGCCUAGGCUCUUGGCGAACAGCAUUGUCUCAGAAGUGCCAGCGAAAGCGCCUGGGGUGGUGCGACUCGUCCUGGUCUCGGAUACCCACGAGCGCCAUGCGGGUUUGGUGCUGCCCCCCUGCGACGCUGUGCUGCACAGCGGUGACGUCAUGGCCUGUGGAAGCUUCGCCACACGAGGACAUGCAGAGAAGACCCUGCGUGACUUCGGAAGUUGGCUCAGAUCCUGCCCUGCAACCUCCGGGAAACGCUUCGUGAUUGCGGGCAACCACGACUUCUGGUUGGAGGAGUUUGGGCCUGAGAAGGCAAAAGAACUCCUGGGUGAAGGCGUGGAGUACUUAGAGUUCAGCACUGGAAGUUUUGAAGCUGACGUCGGUGCACCAGGCAGCCCCGAGAUUCGCCAGUUGAAGGUCUAUGGUGCCCCCCUUUCGGCCGGGAAGAGCUUCAACCGUGCGUUCCAACAGCCUGAAGCCUUGAAACGCCUACAGAAAGACGUGGAACACGUGGAGAUUGUGUUGACCCAUGGGCCCCUGUCAUCCUCCAUGUGGACCCAUGAAGAGCUAGCCAAAGGUUUAGCAGCCCUGGACCCCAUGCUGCAUGUUUGUGGUCAUGUCCAUGGCCUCUACGGGCAGGCGCGGGCCACCAAAAGAUACAUCCCUGGCACAUCGGGGAUGUCCAUCAACGCGUCGAUGAUGAAAAGCUUCGGGAAGUUGGUGGGCCAGAGAGUGCGCAAUUUGCCAGUGGUUUGCGAUUUGCAACUGCCCAGUGCUGCAAAUGCCACGGUCGACCUUUUCGAUCGAGCCCUUCAGGUGGAUGAAGAUGCAGGAUGGCUCGAAAGGAUGGUGAGAAAGGACUCUUUCGACUAUGUGAUGGGAUCCCUCUUGGCACUGAAUGCAGUGAUCAUUGGCAUCCAAGUUGAUCUGGUGUCCAAUGAAGCGAGCGAUCCACCCUGGUCACGGGCGAUUGACCUGAUCUUUUGCUCCAUUUUUGUCGUGGAGCUGCUACUUCGGAUCGGCGCCUUUCAGCGUCGCUUCUUCAGCACGGAGGGCUGGCAAUGGAAUCUCUUCGAUUCCAUCGUGGUGUUCUUCAGCGUGGCGGACGAGGCCACCAAGCUGGUCUUAAGCGACUCCGAAGUUCAAGAGAUCUUCGAUAGCUUUGGAUUUUUGCGGCUCCUGAGACUGGGUCGUAUCGUCCGCUUGGUGCGGAUGGUGCGAUUGAUCCCGGCACUGAAAUCCAUGGUUUAUCUCAUCCUGGCGUCCCUAAAGAGUUUUUUGUGGACCGUGGUGCUACUGGUCAUCCUCAUGUACUGUGUGGCCGUCUAUUUCACAGAACUGGCCUAUGACCUGCACCACAAACAUCCUCAAAAGGAUUUCUCGACAGUGAAGCAAACCUGGGGCUCUGUUGCUGGAUCCAUCUUUUCCCUCUUCCAAGCCAUCACCGGCGGCAACGACUGGCACAACUUUCUCUCCGUCUUCGAUGACUUCGUGCCAGGCACCAACACGAAUACGUUCGUUUUCGCCAUCUUCAUCGCUUUCGCCACCUUGGUGAUGAUGAACCUGGUCACCGGCGUCUUCGUGGAGGGAGCGCAGCGCAUCGCUCGGGAGGAGAAGAACCAGGCACCCACGCGGUCCUUUGUCGCGCUGUCCCUGGCUGUGGAUCACCGGAAAACCCAUCGAGAGAAUCAUCUGACGAACAUUGGCCGAAGCUGUCAGGUGAAUUCGCAGAGGCAGUGCUAA